AUGUAUUCGUUAUCCUUAUAUAUUGUAUUCAGUUUAUUGCCGGCAAAUUAUGGAGCGAAUUCAAAAUUAAUUGGAACACAUAUUUUAUUUCGUACUGGUGAUCGCACUCCAUUAUCAACUUAUCCAGCUGAUCCGUUACAAGAAACAUUCUGGCCGAACGGAUUUAAUCAGCUAACAAUGACAGGUGUUCAACAAUCGAUAAAUUUAGGAACAUAUGUUCGUGGUAGAUAUGAUGAUCUUUUGAAUAAAACCUAUGUUGCACACGAAAGGGAUGAUUCUCAAAUUUCCAAACUCCAUAUUCGAAGUGCCGAUAGAGAUUACAAUAUCCAAUCGGCGUUUUUAGUUCUUGUUGGUUUAUAUGCUUCAAAAGAACAAAUAAAAAAAGUACAAAGUGAACCGAUACCUCCUCCUCUACUUCCUGCUCCACUUCCACCAGUGCAUUCAAUACCAGAAAAAGAAGAUUAUUUACUUGGCAUCAAUAGUGUAUGCGCAAAAUUUGAUAAUAGCAAAGAAAAAGUGAAAAAUUUAGAUGAAGUUAAACAAAUUGACAAACGAAAUGCUGAAUUAUACAAAUAUUUGGAGAAUAAUACACAGUUAAAUAAUGUUAACUUGAUGGAUAAUAUGCAGAUGUUAGCUGAUACCAUAUAUAUCGAGUCUCAAUAUGAUGUGACACCAGGGUGGGCUACUCCGACUGUUCAAGGUGAAUUAGAAGUAUUACACGGUUUAUCACUCUAUUAUUUGUACUCUAAUUCUGAUGUUAAACGAUUGAGAGGAGGUCCAUUAUUGAACAAUAUAUUAGAGAAUAUCAACAAUAUUAUUCAGAAGAAUGAAAAUGGACGAAAAGCAAAAUUAUAUUCAGCUGAUGAUGUUGUACUAGCUGCUAUAUUAUCGUUACUUGGCAUAAAUUAUAUACAUCAGCCAGUAUAUUCAAGUGCCAUAUUUAUCGAUUUAUAUCAGACAGAUAAUACUUAUGCUAUUCAAGUUUCUUAUUUAAAUUCAACCAAUACAACGUUUACCCAUAAGCUUGAUGGUUGCCCAGAUCUUCUAUGUCCGUUAGAUACAUUCAAAAGCAUUUAUCAAUCACAACUACCAACGCAGACAAUGGAUAGUGAAUGUCAAGUAUCACCUCAUUCGUGUAAGUUCUUAAGUAUUUCGCUAUCUCGUAGAGACGAUAGCUCGUUUAUGAAUGAAGAAAUAAGAGUCAAUACUUAUGUCUAUUCAUUUUAUUUCAGCUCCUUCAACAACAGUGUUGGUUCUAUCCAUUGUAGUUGUUUGCAUUUUGGCUUUAGUACUAAUAAUAUACAGUUUUGUUUAUUCUUUUCGUCACCCUUCGGAUGAAAGUACUCGUCUUUUAAACAACUAAAACUACUACUUUUUUCCAUCAGUUUAACUAUUUAUCUUUCAAGAUGUGCAAUAUUUUUCUGUGAUUUUUAAUUUUAAUUUUUUACAAUUAUCGAUAAUUUUCAGAAUUAUUUUACGUUUUAAUGGUUUUGCUGUUUUUUUCUAAUUUCAUAUGACAAUAUUUGUUUCAUUUUUUUAUGAGAAUAAUCUAUAUUUUAUAUUAAUUUUUAUACUUUUCAUAUUGAAAUAUCGUUUUGCGAGUUUUUUAAAAUCAUAAUGGUCGAACCUUAUAAUCGAUUUUUCUGUGUUGCUAGUCUAACUAUUAAAAGCAUAGUUUAUUAAAAUAUAAGACAAAUGUGGUGUAUUUGUUCUGGUAAGCCUUACUGCUCACUUUUCUAAUUAUCAAAGAAAAUCAUUAUUCUUUGAUGAUAGAUAGGUUUUCUUUUCUUUUAUAUCUUUAUCGUUUUGUUUUAGAAUUGUGAUGACUGUAUCCUUGAACAUUCAUAUCUUUCCUAUUUGUUGUUUCUAAACAAAUGUGCUGACUGUAAUCUAGAAUUAAUAGUGAGCCACACAGUAUGCUGCAUUCGAUCAGGGCCGUAAAUAGGAGCAGAACAUUGGAGGGGUGUAAAACAAAAUUUCUCUUUGAGAUAGGGUGAACUUGAUAAAAGAAAUUUUGUGCGAGGAAUAAUGGAUAAAAUAACAACAGCUUUUUCAGUUGUUCGAGGGGGAGGGGGGCUGCGCACCUUGCCACACCCGUUAUUUGAUUGCAUUCGAUACUCGAGAUUAUUUUUUCUAUCUAAACAAUUUAUAUAUUCACAAUUAAAUACAUGUGCUUCACAAAAUCAGAACUUAAAUUGCAAAAUGGUAAAAAAACGUCAAAAGUCAAAUCAUUUAAUACAGAAUGCAUACAUAUAACAUAAUUUUAGUCAGCCGAUUCUAGAACCAAUGUGUCUGAUAAAUCGUCAAGCACACCAGUAGCUUGGUCAUUCUUCUACUACAUGUUCUAUUGGACAUUUCGAUGAAAAUGGACGGAUAUGGAUAGAAACUGAAAUCAGCGAUCAGAAAGUGCUCGCCCUAGUGAAAGUACUCAUACGAUGAGUACGACUUUACUCAUAAUUCGUCCAUGCGUCCUCAUAUUGGUACUACUAACAAUUUCUGAGUAUUGUUACUCAUGUGAGUACUCAGGAAAUAUUCAUUCACCGUUUUAUUUUGCUAAACUGAAACUGUAUAAAGAAUGUAGAAUUUAGUGAAGAAACACAGAAUAUUUAUAUUAUUAUUUUCUCACUGGUCUCUCUUUAUAUAGUCAGAGAUAGACUUGUCUAUGACUAGACUUGUGGUCCUACUCUGGCUACCUGAGAUCACUCCUCUAUAUGAAAAUAUCGAUGAACAAUACUCAUGAGUAUUUUGCCGAAAGUGGUAUGAGUACUCAACAGUACCCAAGCAUGAGUACUCAAAGUCGUACUCAGAGUACUUGUUACUCACUCAUGAGCACUCAGGUGAGUAAAAAAAUGUAUGAGUACGUAUGAGUACUCGUCCGAUUUUUCUAGCAGAGUACUUUUUGAGUACAUUCACUAGGACGAAGACAGAGACAAAGUACAACAAAUUUUGACAUUAAGUAGAGUAACAAGUAAUUUGGUGGCUUGUACCAAAAGCAUGCCUGUUUUAACAACUGUUAAAACGCGCCUGUUUUCACAUGUGAUGUUUUAAAUGAUUGUAGUUAAAAAAAUACGAGUUUUUAUUCACAAGGAAGAAAAAGUGAAGAAAUACUUUUCGAAAAAUAACUAAAAAUUGUACUGACAAAGGGAUGAACGCAGGCGUGGAAAACAUUUUGCUCAUGAAUAUGUACAGCAAAAAGUAUGCAGGCCGACUUCUAUGACAGACACUCUUUAAUCAAAAUAUGUGUCCAAAGUGUGGGUGUGAGCAAAGGUGUCUGGAACGAAAAGAAACCGCUUUUCAAAUACUGAAAAAUGGCAAGCCUAAUUCAACGUUAUAAGGCUCAAUAGAAUGUCUGUGUCAUAGAUCACGUUAGAGCCAAUAUUUACUUCAAAACGUAAUAUUACAGAAGACAUCAAUCUUUGAUGUGUUUAAUAAAAGAUUUUACCAAACUUCCUAUUUGAUUGCUGUCAGCAUACUAACGGAAGUACAUUCGCGGUGUAAUGCAUAUUGCCCUGUAUCUUGAAUGUUUUAUUCGAAGACAAAUUAAAUAUCUCUCGAAAAUUAUAAAUAAAAUUAUCUGGUUUAGUAGCAUUUUUUCCAUAAAUAUAAUGCAACUUUUGUGUUGUUAAAAUUUCUUUCAAAUAUUUUGAAGCGAAUAUAUUGUGUUCUUUUUCUUGUGGUCGAUUUUCUUCGAGAUAAAACUAUAUAUGUUAUUCAGC